AUGAGUGAUAGCAAGGUGAUAGAGGUGGAGGUCAGUGGGAGCCGAGAAUCCCAACGAUAUUCAUCAGGACAUAGCAUGGAUUCUUAUACCAGGCCACCGUCUUCGCCUCCGAAAGAGAACGGUCCCCUGAUGGCGGAACAUUCCCCUUCCCCUCCCCUGCAGAAUGGGGCCCCUGGAACUCCCCCACCAAAUACCAGCAAUGGACAUCCAUCCCCUGCCUUGCAGAUCAGCGUGCCCCCUCAAGACUACCCAGGGACUUACCUCCACUAUACCCAGAUCCCUGAACAACAUAUCUCUGCCCCGACGUCCCCUGCGCAACACCACAACCGCAUCAAGGUGCACAAGCGGGACUCUAGCUCUGCAAGCUCUUCUGAUGAGGACAAACCCAGUGUGCCUUACCCUAAGACUGCUUCAACCCCAAAUAUCCAUGUAAAAAGCUUGGCAGUGGAGGUUAAUGGAAUGUCCGGUCCGGUCAAGCGGUCAGUGUCCGCCUCACCUGGGAAGCGUCCAUUGGGGAUGAGCAAGAUGGAAGUUCGUAUGAGAGGACUAUCAGGGUACGACACAGCAACAUAUAGUGAUUCAGACAUUGGUGAGUUUUUUUUUUUCUUCAUCUUAUUUUGAAUUAAAAGAAAAACCUUUUACAAUCUUUAUAUUUUGUGUUUACUGUGAAACAGGUUUACAUUAUCUCUUUCGUAUUGGUGUCAGACAAAAUCCAAAUCUGAAAAGUGAAAAGUCCAGAAAUUAAAACACUACUGUUUUGCACUCUGAUGAAGUACGAGCAGUAAAGGGGAAGUGAUUAUGGGAUUUUCUCUCUUCCCUUUUUUUUUUUUUGGGGGGGGGGGAACCAACUGUCAAGAAAAAUGACAAUCCUGUGGAAUGGACCUGUGCUGGUUCAAGGAGCAUAAAAACUUUAAUGAAAAAAGAGAGGAAGUGUUCCAGGUAAUCAUUUGGAUUGGUAAAUGGAAAAUAAAUAGAAUUUAUGGCAUCCCUCUUAAUAAAGCGGUUCAGUUUUGCAGUAUGGAUACUUGGAUUGGCUCCGGUGUGAUGAGGCCUUAAUGCUCUACAAGAUAAUGCAUUCUUGUAAUUAAGUGCUCCAUCAAAUCAGUUAUGCUGAUAUUAUUUAUUUAAUAAGUCAAUGCUGGGUUCUUCAGCUCUUUUAAUAUCAGGAUAAAUUUUAAUAGUUCACACUAAAUUAUGUGCUGAGGAGUUAUGAUAUUAAAAACACAACUUUGUGUUUUUGCUGUGUAUAUCUUUCAUCAUUACAUUCUUUCACUUGUAUUUUUCUUUCAUUUUCAUAGCUGUAUCUUGAUUGUUAUAAUUUCCAGUUUCUAUGGGAUGGGGGUAGAAAUAAUGUGUAUUCAACACAUUUGCAUUGUAAAUACAUGUAAAGCACUUUUUUGAAAAUCAAAUUUGAGAUGUUUUACGACAGUACUGUAGAAUUGGGAUCUCGCAUUUUCUUCACACACACUUUUCAUAACAUCCUGCAAGCCAGGUUAAAGCGCAACACCGACGUAAUAUAAGUCAUCUCAUAUCCGUAGCAAUACAACAUGCUACGUCCUAUUCCCUAUAGCACUUUAGCUGGGAGCCACCAUGACUGCAUAGAUCCCAUGAAAAGGGGCCAAAUGGGUCAGAGUUUGCAACAAGUGUCAUCAUCAUCACUUCCAGUUCUUUCUUGCAUGAAUAGCAAGAAAGAAAGAGGGAAGUUGAUUUCAGUUCCAUUCAAGUGGAUUCAAAUUCACUUUACUGAAACUAUUUUCUUGAUUGACCACCGGAGCAAGAAGUGAUUUUACAGCUGAUUUCACACCUUACUUCAAUUAGCAGUAGUAGAAUUUGAUUCAUUGAGUGUUUCUUCACUCCAAAUUGAUAAUUGGAUUGAAGUGAAAUAGAACAUUUUAUUAUCGACUUACAUGUACAUGUAUGUAGGGGAGAGUGGGGUAUUAAGGCCACCUUUUUUAUAAUUUCAAUUAUAUCUUUUUCAUGAAAAGCAGUUGAAACAUGAUUAGAUGUCUAUUUCUAUAUCUAGAGUAGACCAACAUUAUCCAUUAGAAAUGGUAGAACUAAUCAGCCUAAUUUGCAUAUUAAUGAGCCAUACAUAUUGUUGUCGGUUGCCAUAUUUGCCCCAUUGAAAUGGGGCAAUGAGGCCAUCUGAUCAAAACCUAUUUUGUGUUGCUGUAAAAAAGUAAAAACAGUUCAGUUGGUUUGGUACAAUCACUAAACAUUUACUAGCAGCAAUCAUAUUAUUAUUAACACUACUUAUUUACCAAAACAAAAAAAUUCAAAUGGUCAAUUUGUGCCUUUCUUUAUACAUGUAGCAACAGUGUCUCUUCUUUCCUCCACAUCAUGGGAAAGGAUACAGUUGCAUGGAAGAUAUAUAUAGCUGUGGAAAAAGAGAAAUAAGCAAUCCAGAGUAAAUUAAAUAAUAAUAGUAAUAAGGUAAAUGUAAUUGAAUGUGAUUAAAAGUAGUUGACAGUAAUUGAAGUCAAUUACAAUUUUUCAAUAACAAUUACUCGAAAGAAUGUAAUUAAUUAUGUAAUGGAUCGAUUGCUUUGUAAUUGAGCCCAACCUUGCUUGGAGGUACAGUAGUUGAUAAAGUGGCAAUGCUACUUUCAAAAUUUUGAUUUUGAGGUGUUGCUGGGUUUGUGCUCCUGGCCACGUGCACUGGGCUGUGAGACGUUUUCUAUGCUCAAAAUCUGUGCUAAGGAACUAUCUCAAAUACUUCACAAACAGUAAUCCAUUUGACCCUACCAUUCUUGAGUAAUGAGCUAAAAACCAACAGGCGGCCUUUAUAUACCCCACUUCACUCCCCUCUGUAUGUACAUGUACUUCAAAUUGGAUGCUUAUAUUGGGUAAUCAUGGGGGAUUUGCAGGAAUAGAGCAAAAUACUAAUUUGAUAACAUGAAUCAAUAUAAACAACAUAUAAAGCUCUUCUUGAAUUUAUGCAUGAUUUUACAGUCAAAUGGACAAAGCUCAGAUGGAAAUGUAUCCUACAUGUACAUGUAUCACAUCCCAACUCAAGUUUCAUCUAUAAUUUUUACAAAGUGUUUGUACAGUGUAUUUUAAAUAAUCUCAAUUAGUGGUAGUAGAAAAUAAGUAUUGUAUUACUACAAAUAUUGUUAAACAUGAGGAUGCUGUAAAUCUAUAGGUCAUAUCAACUUCUACAGUAAAUAUCAAAUUUAGAUUGAAAAGUAGUUCAACUUUUCCUUGAAAUUCUUGUGCAUCGUUAAAAUGCUUGCUUGGCUAAAGCCAGGGUUUAAAAACAAGUCCCUUUGGAAAUGCAGUGCACAUUGGGAUGUUAAAUGAUACAUGAUAUGAGCAGAACUGAAUGUUAUUGAAAUCAUCCAUUGGAAUACAUGCAUGGAGAGUUCAAUCCCUUGAGGGAAAUCAUAAGCGCACUUGGUUGUGAAACAGCUGUUAAGUGCGUUCAUAUCUACUGCUGAUAAAAAUGAUCUCGGUACUCGGUACCAUAAUAAACAACCUCAUUUCCUAAACUCAAUCAUUCAUUGAUUCGUCUGGCUUCUACAAUAGUACAACCCCUUUCAUGUAAAUUAGAUAUUCUGUGUUGAAUGCUCGACUGCUGGUUAAGCACUUUUCUAAUGAUGGUUUUGUUAUCUGUUGAAAUACAGUACAUUUAUAUUGGCCAUGAUGCAUUAAACUUGCUUUGAUCAUAUUAUUACAUGUACACUGUACAUGGACUUUUACUGUUAAAAGCUACUGAAAAGAUUUGAUUGCCUGAUACCAAUUUUGUCAUAGAAAAUCUGCAUUGUUGAGUUGAUGAAACUAGACCUUGAUAAAAUACACUGUAAUCUGAAUGAAAAUGAAUGGAGAAACAUUAUUUCUCAAAUAAUUAGUGUAGGCAAGGUACCCCAAUGUGGCCCAAUAUUCAUGAAGGAUUCUAUGAUUUUUUUUUAAUGAUUUCACAGUUUAGAGUUUGGCCAAAAUAUCCUUACAUGUCUAAAUAAAAUAUUAUAGAUCCCUGUUCUCUGAUGUAUAUUUCCCCCUUUGGUUCUGUAGAAUUAAAAAUAAAAAUGUUAGAGUACAUAGAAUAAAUUCCAAACUCUUGAGAUAUUUCUAGCUAAAAUUCUGAAAUAGAAAAGAAUUGCUAUCACUGAAUAAAACAAAAAACAAAAAAACUCUUUAAUGCGCCAAUAUAUGUUUUAGAGUUAAUCGUGAAGUUCUGCAGUUAAAAAUAAUGGACAGCUUCCCAAUGUUGCAGCUUUAGUGUUCAUUCAUGAUUUUUUAAUUUUUGUUUCUCAAGAGUUCCAGUUUAAAAGUCAGUUGCAUGAUUUUUUUGUCAAGAGAAAGAUUUGCCUGGUGUCGAGCAGAAUAAUUGCAUUUUAAUGUUCUUUAUGAUACAUAAUGGAACACCUAUUGUAUGAGAGCAAUGUGUGAAACCACAAAGGGAAAAAAUUAUUUUGCCAUAUAUAACUUGGAAAUCAAUCAAGACUCUCGUGACUAAUCUAGCCCAUUCCUGGGCCAUCCCCUGGGAUGGUAUUCCACUUUGGCAUUGAAUGCUGAAAGGAAAUUGUGACAUUUUUAGAUUGAGAAGUUGACAAAAGUCAUGGCAUGGCCAUUAUGAACAUUCUCUCUCUUCACUUCUGUGCUUCCUUCUCUCUUUAUUUUUUUGUGGUUUCUUACUUACCCUUAUCUCCAAUCUAGUUUAGUUUUGCAUACCUUCUUUGUAUCUGUACAUAUACCACUCUUUCCUGUUCUGUUGUUUAUGUUUACUCUGCAUGAAAAUUCCACCUCUUUGAAGGCCUCGCAAGUCUCAUCCAUCAUUUUCCAUAUUUAGGAGUUUUGGAAUGAACAAUACAUUUUCCAAGGAAAGGAAGAAGUUUCAACUAAACUCUAUGUACAGUGAACAACACAAACGUUUAUGUACAGUAAUUGCUUCACGAGGUAAACCAAAAGAAAAUUGUUGUAGAGAGUUGAAAAAGAAAAUAAAA